AUGUUCAUUUCAAGUGAAAGUAUUCGCGAAAUCACCGACUACUUGAGCCGGCAACAUUUGGAUUCCAUUAAAAUAUUCUGUGUAAACCACGACACCGAAAAUGAACUAUUGCAAUGGAAAAAUGCCGGGAAUUAUCUCAAAAUUGAUGAGAUAUUUCCGUGUGAAAGGCUAGAAUUAGCGUUAGUUUAUUUUGGUAUACGAUUCUGUGAAUCACGCGGCGAUGAUCAGGAUGAAGCGAAUACAGCUGUGAAACAUAACAAUUAUGAAGAUGCGAAAGCGCUGACACUGGCUCAUUCUCAAAUCGCAGCCUCAAUAUUAGAUCAGAAAAUACAAAAUUUAAUGGAUAAACCAGCCGUAGUAUGCGUGACUUAA